AUGCUGGAGAUUCCAUGUGGUGCUAUGAAGGCAAUAAUAUAUGUUGUUGAUUCAAGCGACACUGAUAGGCUGGUAAUUGCUAAGGAGGAGUUUCAUGCAAUCUUGGAGGAGGAAGAGUUAAAAGGUGCUGUUGUACUUAUUUUUGCAAACAAACAGGAUCUUCCUGGUGCACUUGAUGAUGCUGCGGUAGCGGAGGCAUUAGAGUUGCACAAGAUUAAAAACCGUCAAUGGGCUAUUUUUAAAACCUCUGCCCUUAAAGGAGAAGGUCUCUUUGAGGGCUUGGACUGGUAA